AUGGCCACUGCAACAGGCCGAGAUGCUGGCAGCGCAAAGUCUCGCAAGCGUGCCUCUGAUGAUUCCGACAGCUUCCCCAAGCGCCCCAAGCUGGAGGCCAAGACGGACCUCACACGAUGGAGAGUCAAGGACGACGACAGCCGUCACACGUGGCAUUAUCUGGCCGACGACAAGGCAGCUGCAGAGUGGCCGCAGAGCUAUGCCGAGAAGUGGUUUCUAAACUUGCCCACCGAUCUACCUGCACUCCCCAAGGCCGAGACGCCGCUCGAAGCUGCUACAAAUGGCCUCACCUUCUUUGAAAAGCUUCAGAUGCCCUCUGGCCACUGGGCCUGCGAGUACGGCGGCCCCAUGUUCCUCCUCAGCGGUGUUGUCAUUGCUUGGUAUGUGACCAAGACGCCAAUUUCCGACGCCUACGCGACCGAGAUCAAGAACUACCUCUUUGCACGAGCGCAUCCCGAAGAUGGUGGCUGGGGUCUACAUAUCGAGGGUGAAAGCACAGUCUUUGGCACCGCCAUGAACUAUGUCGUCCUCCGCAUUGUCGGCGUCGACCCCGAGGACCCUGUCAUGGUCAAGGCCAGGGGAACUCUGCACAAGCUGGGCGGCGCACUCAACGCCCCUCACUGGGGCAAGUUUUGGCUCGCGGUGCUGGGUGUGGUGGACUGGGAUAUCGUGAACCCUGUGCCCCCCGAGAUCUGGCUGCUCCCUGACUGGGUCCCGAUUGCUCCCUGGCGAUGGUGGAUCCAUAUCCGACAAGUGUUCCUGCCCAUGGGAUACUUGUAUUCCAAAAGAUGGAUCUGCGAAGAGACGGAUAUCACCCGGGCGUUGAAGCAAGAGUUGUUUGUACAGCCUCAUGCCGAGAUCAACUGGGUUACUCACCGAAACGACAUUUCUGCCAUCGACAACUACCAUCCCAAGUCGUGGCUGCUCAACACGAUCAACUGGGUCCUUGUCAACGUCUACAACCCCUACCUCCGCUUCAACUUUCUCAAGGAGAGGGGAGAGAAAUGGGUCAGCGACCUUGUCGACAUGGAAGAUGCAAACACGGAGUAUUCGUGCUUGGCUCCUGUGAACGCACCGAUGAAUACGCUCGUAUGCUACAUCCGUGACGGCCCUGAUGCAUACAGCACCAAGAGGCAUAUUGAGAGGCUAGAGGAGUACCUGUGGGUAAAAGACGAGGGACUGCUGUGCAAUGGCACAAACGGCGUCCAGUGCUGGGACACAUCCUUUGCCAUCUUGUCGGUGGUCGAGUCCGGGCUGCACACAGAUGAACGCUGGAAGCCCAUGCUGAUAAAGGGCCUCGAGUACCUGGACAGACACCAAAUCAGAGAGAACUGCAAAGACCAGGAAAAGUGCUACCGCCAGCCCCGAAAGGGUGCCUGGCCGUUUAGCAACAGAGACCAGGGCUACGGCGUGAGCGAUUGCACUUCCGAGGCUCUCAAGGCCGUCAUCUUGCUGCAGAAGACGGAGGGAUAUCCGCAACUCGUGGACGACCAGCGGAUCUUUGAUUCUGUGGACACGCUGCUGCUGUACCAGAACGACAACGGUGCCGUCUCAUCUUACGAAGCCAGAAGGGGUGAUGAGUUGCUGGAGCUGCUCAAUGCGGCCGAAGUGUUUGGCAGGAUCAUGAUCGAAUACGACUACCCCGAAUGCACAACUGCCUGCGUCCAAGCCUUGUCUCUCUUCCACAAGCACUGGCCUGACUACCGAACCAAGGAUGUAAAGCUGUUUAUCAAGAGGGCCACCAACUGGAUCAGGACCAACCAGAAGUUUGAUGGCAGUUGGUAUGGGAGCUGGGGGAUAUGCUUUACCUAUGCCUCCAUGUUUGCGCUUCAGAGCAUGAAGGCGGUUGGAGAGACGUAUUCCAACAGCCAGAUCUCCCGCGCAGGCUGCGAUUUCCUCAUCUCCAAACAGCGCGAGGAUGGCGGCUGGUCUGAAAGUUACCGGGCGUGUGAAACCAUGAAGUAUUCCGAACACGAGUCAGGGUCCCUUGUGGUGCAGACAGCCUGGGCACUCAUUGGGCUCCUGGUGGCAGAGUAUCCGGACGUGGAGCCGAUCAAGAAGGGCAUCCGCCUGAUUGCGAGCCGCCAACAGGCCAACGGCGAGUGGCUGCAGGAGGCCAUUGAGGGCGUGUUCAACAAGUCUUGCAUGAUUUCGUAUCCAAACUACAAGUUUACUUUUACCAUCAAGGCGUUGGGGAUGUUUGCAAAGAGAUACCCCGAUGAGAAGUUCCAAACAAACCCCAACGUCUUCAUCUUUGGCAAACGGAAAAUCCUCGCUGAAUCGUCAAACCCACAGCGCCAUAGUUCGACCAUGUCAUACGUCACUAUGGCCCAGGAGGGCCUCGCUGCCGUGGAAACAUCCAACUGGGACGAGGCCCUCAACAAGCUCUCCUCUGCGCUCAAGGAAUCCCAGAGCCCAGCCUGGCUGGCUGCUCGCUCAAAGGCCCUGACCGGGCUCGGGCGACCCCAGGAAGCCCUCGACGACGCCGACCUCGCCUGGCACACGGCCUUUGAACGCAAUAAGCGCGAGCUUAUGGCGACCGCCCAGUACCGCCGCGGAGUGGCCUUUUUCCACCUCAAGCAGUACGCCAACGCCGACUACUGUUUCAUGCACUGCAUGAGACUCAUCGAGGGCGGUCCGGCAGUGCCCAAGGAGGAUCCCGGCUUGGAGUUUGUGGAUGAGCAGGGGUUCUGGACCGCGACGGCUGCCGAAGCCAUGGCUGCUGCUCGCUACGAUGACAUUGGCGCGAAGGGCGGUAACUCGAUGCAGGCCUUGGGGGAAAAUCCGUUGGCUGCGGCGAGGGCAAACAGGCCGCACUUUAAAGAGUGGAGGAUGGCUAGCAAUAUGCGAAUCCAGGCCCUGUCGGCCAUGGAGAAGCUGCCGGCGGGUGACGACGCCAGGAAGCUGGCGACAACCUUGAUUCCCGAGAAAAAGGGCCUCGCCAACCACAAGUCUUCCAAGGUCGGCGUGGAAGCUGCAAAGGUGGAGGCUGCCACAACUCGGACCGCGAAGGCGGCGGAAGUUGGAAAGGCGGACGUUCCCAAAGACACCCCGCUGCGGGUGCAAGAUUUUCAAAGCAACACGCACAUGUCGGUUUCGAUUUUCUCAAAGGGUGUCAACAAGGAGAAGCUCCAAGUCCAGUUCCUCGAGUCCUCGGUUCGUCUGGAUCCUCUUGUCUACCCAAACGGCGACGAGAGGGAGUUUGCACUUGAUCUGUGGGAAGAGAUUAUUCCUUCCAAAUCUCAUUAUACAGUUACACCUAACAAGGUUGAGCUGAGCUUGGCCAAGAAAACGCCUGGCAAAUGGGCAACCCUCAAAGCUGAUGGAUCAGCCAAGCGAGCACCAGUCUCCAGUCCUCAGGUCGCGGAAGCAAAGGUCGAGAAAGCUCCAGCUGUAGUUCCGGCUGCGGCCCCAGCACCAGCCCCAGCACCGGCGUAUCCCACUUCUUCACGCGGUGGUCCAAAAAAUUGGGACCAGUUCGGGGCUGAGGAAAACUCAGAUGACGAAAAGGAUGUGAACCUCUUCUUCAAGAAACUUUACAAGGGCGCCACCCCUGAGCAGCAGCGGGCCAUGAUGAAGAGCUUCACGGAGAGCAAUGGAACCUCCCUGAGCACGAAUUGGGACGACGUCAAAGAUAAGAAAGUCGAGACUGUGCCUCCUGAUGGCGUCGAGGCAAAGAAGUGGUAG